AUGUCUUGCACGUGUUGCAUUUGAAAGAAAAGUGUCCGUAAACAAACGAGCUUUUUUCGCAUUUUAAAGUUGCAAAACGCAAAUGAAGUGAUUAGUAAUCAGGUGCAGACUCAAACAAAAUGGCAUCCUUAGCGGAAAAAACAAAAGACACCAACACAUUUCGGUUCAAAUCUUUCGGAGACCGGGUGAAUGAGAUCGACUUGCGGCACCUGGCCCUCUAUCACAUCGGACACCGGAAUGAGGAGCUCGACGAGGAGGAAAAUGCCACUUUCUUCCAGCAGACAAUCCAGAAAUGGAACGUGCUCAAUCUCACCGAGGAGUACAACUACUUCAGCAAGAAAUGCAGGAAGAUUGUUACCCUGCCGCAGCUACUGCACCAGAAGGAUUUUGUGGUGGACCUGUUGCUCGAGCGUCUGGCCACCGCUACAAAUCUUUCCCAGCAGCCGCUGCUAGAACUUCUCUUUGUCCUGGCGAAGGAUCUCCGCGAGGAGUUCUACCCUUACUUCCAGCGCGUUCUUGACCGCCUGAUCUGCCUUCUCAACACCCAGGAUGCUGAGCAACUGGAGUGGACGUUGAUAUGCCUGGCACACUUGUUCAAGACCCUCAAACCCUAUUUAAAACGCAAUAUUGGUGUAGUCUUCAAUGCCAUUCUGCCGCUUCUGGACGAGCAGCACUAUGCCGAACAUGUGACCAACUUUGCUGUGGAAUGCUUCGCGUAUAUCGCUCGUGAUGUCCGGGAUUUCCCACGAUUCCUGGCUUUUGUGCUGCAGACUGUGCUGCGCGAGCAGGUGGAGAGUGUCCACGGAUGUGGAAGGCUUAUCUACGAAAUUCUGCGAGGAGUCAAUGGACAGCUUCACAACUCGGCGGCUGAGAUAUUUGCCCAUGUCUUGGAGGUGCUCGUCAACAAGGCUUCAGCUCACACUAAAGCGCAAACAGAUCUUUUGGGGGACAUUGUCGAGUAUUCCCUGGGACUCUUGCUGAACUUCCUGCGCUCAGAUCAAAGCAAUGUUUUGUGGCAGAAGCUCUGUUCGGCUGCCAACAUAGAUGGUGCGGAUGUUAUACGACUGAUUGAUCUAAUGCUGCCCUUGGUCACCCACAAGGAUGGACGCUAUGUCUCCGAGCUUUCACUCGUGGUUUCCACUUUGUUAAAGUUGCUGGAGCUGGAAGUAGAUCCUCUGCAGUCGCUGACAACCUUGGUCACUAGCCUCUUGAAGGCUCAGCACACCCAACUCACACAACUGGAUGCCAGUCGCCUGCUGCAGAAACUGCUUAGCGUAUGCCGAAAACAUGUUUCCGUGUACGAAGACGCCAUUCUGCAACUCCUGGACUACCCACAGUUUGAAAUUCUGGUCCUGCCGAAUGUUAUUGGUUACUACGAAGAGCAGCGGCAAACUAGAGCAUUGGAACUGCUAGCUCGCAUCAUCCAACACAAAAGACCACUGCAAGUGGAUGGAAACUCCUUAGCCCAGUGGGUUGCAUAUCCCCUCCAGCUAAAGCAAAAGGAAACCAUUAAAAUCGUGGAACAAGAUUUGCUAAAGAUCGAUUUGGGCAAAGAAUAUGAUUUACUACUUCUAAUUCUUGCUCCCCACUUAAGAGGAUUUAACAAGCAGCCUUUGGAGCAAAAAUUGCAAUCAGUCAUUGAAAAGUUCAUAAAGGACGGCGAAAAGGAUUUUACCCAGUUUCUUUUGCUACUGCAAACACAUGCUUUGCUCAAGUUCAAACUACCCAAGAGUCUGCGGUCUAGCAUUUAUGAAUAUCUUAUUCCUGAACUGGGGAAGGACCUUAGAGCUUUGGCCAGUUUACAGCUGGUUCUUUUGGAAACUCCCAAAAGUGAACUCUCCGCCUCGGAAGAUUUACUUUCUGGAAUUUCGAGUCUGCUAAGCCAACCCGUCUCACAAUACCGACGCAUAGCUGCCCACUGCCUGGAUGUGGUUAAUGCUUCCAGUAAACCCAAUCCAUACUCCCACUUCUAUGCCGCCACAUGUAUUGAACCCACCGUCCACAACUACCGCGAGCUGCUCCUUCAGCUGCAGCAAUUGGAACCAGCGGCUGCUCAGUUCAAACAAUUUUCCCAGUUGCCACAUUUUAAGGAGCAUGCUGUGAGUCUUUUGCUCGGCCUGCUUUACAACAACUUCAAGUUUGUUUGGGCACCAGUUCAACAGCUCCUGGCGGCCUACGCGAAAACUAUGUCAACAGAUGAGUUCUGGAACAUUUUUAAGGCCAAGCUGGUUGAGACAGUUUCUUGCAUAGACUACAAAAAGGAGGUUACCACUUUGCAAGAGCCUUAUCAAAGGAACUACGAAUCGGUGGCGCUGGCGAUGCUCCUUCCUUUGACGGGCGAGCAACAAAUAACUCUUCAGCAGGCACUUAACUAUCGCCAACUCCUUUGGCAAAGUCUGCCAAAGUUGGGAACUCUUGCCGAAGUUAAGAAUGCAGAUGUUGUGCGACUAUUUUUGCAGUUUUUGGAGCAAGAGUAUCGCGCUCAGUUGGAGAAAUCGGAGCACACUUGGAAUGUUAAUGAGAUUACAGCUGCUGAAGUUGAUGCUGAGGACGAAGAUGAGAAUGAAACAAAAUCCGAGCCUCGAGGUCGGCAGAAAAGAAGAACUUACAAUGCCCACACCAAGUUCAUUCUGCAAACGCUGCAACUGAAAUUGGCAUGUUUUGUAUCGCAACCAAAUCCCAAGGCUCUGCAUCGGCAGGCGGAGAUGCACGACUUCUAUUUGGAGCUUCUAGCUGGUCCAAAUGCCCAGUUGCAACAAUUAGCGUUGGAUUGUUUGGCGGCCUACAAGCAACCAGCGGCUCUUGUGCAGCAAAAGGCUCAGUUAUCGGGUCUCAUCGAUGAAGAGAAGUUCAAGACGACACUCAGUGGCUUCGAACUGGCCAGCAUUCCUGCACAACAAAGAUCGGAGUUGAUGCCCUUCAUGCUCCGUGUGCUUUACGGCAAAAUGUUGACAAAAGGUGUCCAAAAGCAACUCAGUGCACAGCUGCGAAAGACACUGAUCCUGCGAUUCCUGGGUCAACUGGAGGAGUCGGAGAUCAUGGACUUCCUUAAAAUGGCCUUUGGGAAGUUUACUGCAUACACCGAUAAACCAGUAAACGAAGUUGCCAAGUUUGUACGAGACUCGUAUGAUCCAACAGCAGUGAUUGCAGCCAAGCAGCUGCAGAGGAUAGUCAACCUGCUUGAACUUAUUCGCAAGGAAUUCGCCGGCAAGCUGACAUCGGAUUUCCAAACCUACGUUUUGAAAUUACUGCUGCUCGUUGGCAGCGUCGCCCAGGAAGUGAUCAAUGGAGAGGGAAAACUGGUGGCUGCUUACAAGAAUGUCAAGCAUUCCGGUCUGCAGACACUGGUGAACUACUUCGGUCAGCUGGUGGACAUGGAGGAACUGUGGCAGGAGACGGAGAUGAAUGCAAUAUGUGAGGUUUACCUUUGGCCAGGAAUUGCUCGCCUCUCGCAGGACUCUAUACACACGCCGACUCCGAUGCUGAAGCUGCUACUCUUGUGGGGCGGAGAACCGCGCUACCAGAAGUGGUUAAACAAGAGUCCUCCCUCCGAUAAGCAGCCCAUUAUGCACCACUUAAUGGCACUCCUGCUGAACGACAAAGCCAAGCCCAAUGUCAAGCGCUCGCUCAUGCAGGUGGUGGAGCACCUCCUGGAAUCGGCAGCCACGGAGGAGUAUGAAGCAGAGGCCUUGUCAAUUAUUCAUCCGCAUAUUCCUGCCAUCCUGCAGCAGCUUCAGAAUAGUUGGCGCCACAAGAAGGCCGGCAGGCAGGCGCUUGAUAAGCGGGAACUUAACAUUCUAACUCUUAUAACUUCGCACGUGGAAGAGCCAGAUACUUGCGAAUUGCUUUUGCAAGUAGUUCUCCCGAUAUUCACCAAGCAAGCGGCUUCAGCUGGACCGGAGACAGUCGUUCAGUUGGUCACCACUCUAUCGAAUCUGUUGAAACGUGUUCCCAGACCGCAGGACUAUAUCCGUCAGUUAGCUCCGCUCUUCGAACAGGUUAAUGUUUUGCCAGCAAGGAAGUUACUUUGCGAACUCCUGGCUGACAUGGCCAAAAGGCUGCACAAGGAGGCAAAACAAAACUCCGAACUAUCGUCCAUUGCCGCUUCUUUGCGGGAGUGGGUGAGGAUUGUGUUGCUACUGAAUGCCUGGGACAAAAGAUGGUUGGAGCAGCCGGACUAUGACAAGCGACUUGAGGGUCUUUCCGAACUCAAGCAAUUGGUGGAAAAGAAGGACAAGAAGAUAGAUUUGCAACUCGGAGUCCUAGUGGUUUACAACUGCUUUUAUAUGCUGCGCCACGAUUCCGAUUUGGGCAUGAGAGUAAACAUUGGUGAGCUGCUCAAGCCUCUGCUUCCCUUGAUAACUCUGCAACUGGAGCUAAAGGAGGAUGUACAUUUCUGGCUGGAGGACACGCUUCUGCCUUUGUUGCAACGCUGUAUGAGAGAUGAGAAGCAUGAACAUGCGAGGAGCGAAGCUAUUGGCUUGCUAGGCGAACUCGCUCGCCAAUGUCCGGCUGCACAUGAGAUCCUGAAGGAUCUAUCACCUCUCGCGGAUAAACACGAUCUGGAGGUGGACUUUUUCGAGAACAUGCUGCAUCUGCAAACCCAAAGACAUGGUCGUGCCUUGCAGCGUCUGGUGAAUAUUUCUGGAGGCAUUUGGCGUCAGUCUCCACCUUGCGCCCGUACUCUCACCCAGUUCCUCCUUCCGCUGGCCACUCGAUAUCUAAUGAGCGAAAAGCAUUCUGGAAAACACACUCUAGUGGAUGCCGCAAUUGAGGCAGUUGGAGUGAUGACUGAGUUCCUCCCUUGGGCACAAUAUCAUGCUGUUCUCCGCUACUACCUCCAAAAACUACGACACGCCCAGGGACAGCAGAAGCAAUGCGUUCGAUUGGUGGUCCGGAUUCUGGACGCCUUUCACUUUGACUUGACGCAAGCACAAACAGAUCUUGCUGCUUUGGCUCAACUUAAGGAAAGACUGGCCGAGGAAGUGGAGGCCAAGGAAGCAGCUGAGGAAGCGCAAGAAAAUAAAACGGAAGAGGAAGAUGAUGAGGAAGUGGAAGAAAAACCCGUUAAGAAGGAGGAGGAUGAAUCGGACUUUAUAAACUUUGAGGAGGAAGAGGCCACCGAACCGGUGGUGGAAAAACAGCGCACAUUACUUUUAGCUCCCAAUGCUGCCAAGCGAGUCAUGGCCACCAUUACCACAGUUCUGCUGCCAACUCUAAACAGAUCCAUAACCGAAAAGACCAACUACGACACCAAGCACAAGGUUAACCGUCGACGGUUGAGCUACGAACGCGAGGAAGAGGAGAUUCAGCGAGUGCCCAUUGCCUUGGCUAUGGUUAAACUGCUGCAGAAGCUUCCUCUAGAGUUAUUGGAAAAUAGUCUGCCAGGAAUCUUCAUGAAGGUCUGCACCUUUCUGCGAUCCCCUCUGAAAUCCGUACGAAUGCUUACCCGCGAUAUUCUCAAGAAGAUUAUGAUCACGUUGGGUGGCAGUUACUUGGGCAUGCUCCUGGAGCAAUUGCAAUCGCUGCUGACGCGGGGAUUCCAGGUGCACGUGCUCUCUGUUACUCUUCAUGGCGUUUUGGAUGCCUUAAAGAGUGACCUCCAACCCGAUCAUAUAGAAAAAUGCCUGCAGAAUCUUUUGGAAGUGGCUCUAAAUGACAUUUUUGGUGAUGUUAAUGCCGAGAAGGAGGUGGACAAAAUCGUUGCCCACACGCCAGAAGCAAAACCGAGUGCAAAGAGCUAUCUCACACUUCACAUAGCCGCUCGUCACAUCCGGGACAACUGCUUGCUGGACCUGCUUUUGCCGUUCAAGGAACAUUUGAUGCGAUCCCACUCCCGCAAGGUCACACAGAAGAUUCAGGAGUGCUUUGCCAAAAUCGUGGGUGGGUUGGUGGAGAACACACACAUUGCAAGGGAGAGCCUGCUGAUCUUCAUCUACGGUACGAUGUCGGAGAGCAUUAGCGACCUUUUACCAGGAACUCAGAAACGACAGCUUACGGAUAAGGAACAGGCACUGAUGAAGAGAUCGCGUCCUGAUUGCCUGAUCAUUCAACCAGCGCCAGGAAGACGCAGUGUGGCAACCGGAAACAAGCUAGUUAAGUCGAAUGCCCAAGCCAAUGCUCACAUACUGGUUGAAUUCGGUUUGGAGCUUCUUCACUUCGUUUUGAAGCGAAAGAAACUUACAGAUCUGGACUACCAACCAUUCCUGCAUCCUUUGCUGCCACUGCUGAAAGAUUCCCUGGGCAGCAAUCACGCCAGGACCACCACCUAUGCUCUUAAAUGCUACACAGCCAUUUGGUUGGGAGAGUAUGAGCUCUCUGAAUUGGAUACUGAGGCACUGCAGCCGGUGGUUAAACGCAUGUUCGAGAUCCUCAAGAAUUUCUCAACCUUUGGAGCCACCAAACAAGAGGAAAACGCUCAGCUGGUCAGAGCGAGCUUCAAAGCAGUGGUGGCCUUGUUGCGGAAGUGCGAGGACUACAAACUCAGCAACGAACAAAUCGAGCAGCUCUUGCUACACAUCGAACAGGAGCUGCAAGAAGGCGAAUGCAGCAGUCAAACCAUGGUGUUUACCUUACUCAAAGCACUUGUGGGUAGAAAAGUGGACACCCGAUCCCUGCACGAUCUUAUGAAGCGUCUGAGCGACCUUUCCAUCAUCUCUCCAUCGGAUUAUGUGCGAGAUGAGUGUCGUGGCAUUCUGCUCACCUACAUAAUGGAGUAUACACUGCGGCAGAAGGUCGAUCAGAUCGUCAAAUUCAUGUCGGUGCAGUUGUGCUACAGUCAGACUGCCGGUCGACAGUCGGCCAUCCAGUUCAUGCACUCCAUCAUCAACAAGUUCCCGCAGCUGAUGCUGUAUAAGCAGUCGGAGUUCCUUUAUCUCUCCCUGGGCACUCGACUGGUAAACGAUGAGGAUCCCUCGUGUCGCCGAAAUGUGGCUGCCGCUUUGGAGGCUCUAAUCGGACGGCUAACUAAACAUGAACGACAACCUCUGUUGGAUCUUACUUUGCUGUUCUUCACUUCACCACAGUCCAGUCAGAAGCCAGGAGUCCGAGAAAUGGCUGCUGCUCUUCUCUCGAGAUUCGUUCAGGCAGAGAAGGCUGGAUUUGCAGAAAGAUUAACAAAAGUGCUGCCUAUUCUGGUGAAUGUAUUGACUUUGGGUGAUGCUGAGGUCGGAGGUAAAUUUGUGAGAGCUCCAGGACAUCUGGCAGUGGAGGUGGAUGAAAAUGCCCUGCAUAAAAAGAGCAAGAGAAAGAAAUAUGGUUCCCUGCCUGGAGAAGAUAUUCUGCUAGCAGGCCACGACAACGAAUCGCGUUUGGAGGAACAGCAGCGCAAAAUUGACCAUCAGCUCAUCCAAUUGCAGUACUGUCUGCUGAAGAUCUUCGAGCAUUGCGGCGAAUCCCUGCUCAGCAAUCCGGAACUUUCUGAUGCAAUUGAUGAGCUAGCCUAUGGCUCUCAGCGGCUUCUGGGACACGAUCACAAUUGGGUGCGCUGUAAUGCAGCUAAAACCCUGACUCACAUUUUGGCCCACUACGAUUACUCGUAUGUUGGCCAACAGCUGUCUGGAAUUAAGAGAGAAGAUGGCGCUGAGCAGACCUUGUACUUUAUUUAUGCACAACCUGCUGAGGAUAUAAAAUCGUUGGUGUUGGAUUUGUGUGCUCAAGUCACGCCUGGGGAAACUGCGCAGGAGAUGAUAGAUGAACUAUCGAAGAUUCUUUUGUACGUCGGCCACAUGCUGAGAGAUGUUCCAUUUAGCCUUAAACAGGAAAAGGAUGCUGAUGAGAACGAUGAGCAAAAUCCGGGCAGCAAAAUAAAUCUUAACUGGCUGAUGCGUAAUAUACGCUUCCUGAUUAACAAGGAGGUGGCCAAGGCUCCUCAUGAUACCAGCGUGCGGACGGCUAUGUUUACGCUGAUCGAGGCUCUGUCCACGCUUCUAAGUGUGGAGUCCGUGACCAGGCUGGCACCCUCUCUUCUUCAGGCUCUGGUUCGCGAAAUGUCGGAAGAGGAUCAGAACGUGGAUGCGGAACUGCGUCAACAAGCACUCCGUGUAGGCAGUCGCCUCAGGAAACGAAUUGGAGCUGAUGUUUACGACAAACUGAGGAAUGCUGUGCAGACCAAGCUGAUGGCUCGUCGUGCCGAGCGUCGUAAGAUUGUCGCCCAGGAGAAGAUCCAUGAUCCGGAACGGGCGGCUAAGCGAAAAGCUGGCAUGCAGGAGCGCAAGAAGACAGCGAAGCGUCUUAAGGCGGCUGUCGUCCGUGGCAAAGCGCCAGACGUUAAGCAAAAGCUUAAAAAACGCAAACGGAAAGCAGAAAUGGAAGGAUUUUAAAUAGUUAGUUGUUUAUCUAGUCUAAGUUGUUUUUAAGUAGAUCGGAAAUAUACCGGAAAUUAUGGCCUUCUAAACAAUAUGAGGAAAAAAAAAUACAUGCUGUUAUUGCAAUAACUAUUUUA